CGGACGGAGUAAACAGACGGACUCAAACAUGGCGCUUCGCGUAGAUGCCACACUUUUAAUCCGAAAAAUUAGGGAUUUAAGGAGUUUAACGUUUAGAAGAUAUCGAGUCAAAGAGAAAUGGGCUGCUUCGCGCCCCAAGCACCCUCCUACCAGUUUAGCUCAACAGCAUUUUGAUGUCACCUACAACACUCAGCUGGGGCAACUCUGGCCGUCGGUUCGAGUUGCCCUGCUCUCAGAGAGGAAGUAUGGAGCUCUGCUAAAUCAUUUCUGCAAUGAUGCUUUUGUAGAAGAUCUCCACUCUCAAGGAUGUACAGAUUUCAUCACAGGUACAGACAGAGAAGUACGAGCAGGUUUGGAGUGUGACUCAGAAUUUGAGGUGGAAAAACGUGAUGAUGUUGUUCAGCAACAGUCAUCACUCCCACAUCUCAGUCCUAACAUCAAGUGCUUUGUCUUUCCAAGAGGAGAUAUCACAAGAUUCAAGCCAGCUAGACCAGACAUGUCUGGGCUGUUGAGCUACUACCUGAUGGAUGCCGCGUCAGUGUUGCCUUGCCUUGCACUGGAUGUUCACGAGGGCCACAAUGUGCUGGACCUCUGUGCUGCUCCAGGAGGAAAGACCUUGGCUUUGCUCCAGACCCAAGCAAUUGGUUUUUUGUGUUUAAACGACGCCUCUGUGUCUCGGACAUUACGACUGAGAAAGGUGCUCCACAGCUACAUACCCAAACAGCUUUUGAGCCAAGAGAGGCUCCGCAUCACUUCCUUCGAUGGCACCAAGUGGGCGGGAAUAGAACCCAACACUUACGACAGAGUCCUUGUUGAUGUUCCCUGUACCACAGACCGACAUUCACUCAUGGAGGAUGACAACAAUAUAUUUACUAAGAGCAGAACCGGUGAAAGACGACAGCUGCCUCAACUACAGCUGGGAUUACUACUGGCGGGAGUGGUGGCAGCAUGUCCAGGCGGUGAGAUCGUUUACUCCACCUGUACGCUUUCUCACAUCCAGAAUGUUGGCGUUGUUGAACAAGCCAUCUACUUGGCCCAAGAGAACCACGGCAUCCAGCUUCAGGUAGUGGAUCUGCGACCGUUCACACACAUGUUCAGGAACACCUUUCACUUCGCUUCUGACCUCCAUCUGGGUGAGAUGGUCGUCCCACACUUAGCUGCUAACUUUGGACCCAUUUAUAUGUGCAAGUUAAGGAGGCUGACAUAGACUGUGCAGUUAUUGUAAGAUGGGUUUUUACUUUUUGGACUGCGGUUGGUCGUUUGCCGAGCUGAGUUUAAAGUGGAUGGAUAACAUCCAUUAUGGAUAACAUCCAUUAAGAGUAAAACUAUUUUAUUGAAUACAUUGUUCAGUUAAAUCAAUCUGAAUUGUGCAUUUAACCCAUCAUAGUUACACAGUAAGUACACAAGUUACAUAUUUCCAGGAGCUGAGAAGUAAUUUGGUGUGUACACAAAGGAACCUGAGCUUGUGAGUGUACUGCUAUCCUUAAUACAAAAUAAUAAAACCUUAUCGUCCAUUGUAGAGGAAAUUAGUUUGUUUCAGCAGCCUUGCUAAGGCCGUUAAUGUUUUCCGGUCGGUAAUCAAAUUAAUUAAAACAUCACAACGGAUGUUGCGUCAGUCGUCAUGGUUCACUACUAUUACACAGGGAACUAAAUAGCCAGUCAACAAAAUUGUGGUAGCCCACCCUCAAGGGAACACUGCCCCCUAGUGCUUUGGUAGAGAAAUGCAAGUCAUGAACGCAGUUUUCAGCUUUAAAGGGAUAGUUCAGAUUUUUUGACAUGAAGUUGUACUGUAUGACAUCCCCAUCAGCAUUGUAGUACAGUAACAACGACUUACCCCCCCACGUGGUCUCCUAAGUCCAGUUCUGGUCAGAUUUCUGAACGCUUUACUUAAUUGUCCCCAGCAACUAAGGGGAACUACGUUCUUCAUCACGGAUAUCUGACCAGAACUGGACUUAGCAGAGCAAGUGGGGGUAAAUUGCUGUUACUGGACUACAAUGCUGAUGGGAAUGUCAUACAAAUUAAUGUAAAAAAAAAAGUCCGAACUAUCCCUUUUAAUCUCAUGAAACAUCUCUACACUGCACAGUCACUACAAAGUUAAUCUCAAUUGUUUAACAUUAUUCUUUUACAAAAUUAAUGCAAUAAUUACCUUCUCUGGUAACUAAUUACUUUUAUGAAGGCGUAAUCUUCUCACUAAUUGAAUUGCUUUUUUGGGGAAUUUAACUAUUAAUAAUGACUUCUUUUUUUUUUUUUUUAAGUAGAUGGUCCACCACUGAUUAUAAGACACUAAUAGUUAUAUUUAAUAGCCUUUGUGAUGUAUAAAAACUGACUGCGAGGGGCAUCUAAUUACAAAUAAAACUGUAAAAAGUGAGGGCUUUAACCACUGGAAUCAAAUUUGAGGUCAUAGAGCUGUAUGAAAAAUGUCUUGAUCGUGUAUUGUCGUGUAUUUGAUCACAUUAAAUUGUGAAAAUGUUGAAGUGUCAGGUACAUGAGCUUCAUUUUCAAUAAAAUGUGACAAAACCAGUUUUGCUAACUACAGUAUUUUAAAAGUUAAAAGAAAGUGAUUUAUGAAAUUAAUUAGACUUUGUAUAUUUUUUGGCCACUAGAGGCCACUAAUAAGCUAUCACGAAAGGCUAUACAGUAUGAAGCCAGUAAAUCCAGCAUGUUUGUCCUGCUCUGUGUCAGAUGAUAAAGAUAAACAUUGGGGAUGCUUUCAGCUUGAGAAAUCACGUGCACAAAUGUCUUCACAAAUACACCACCCUCUUUUAGCUUUCCAAGGAGGGCUGGUUAUUCGUCAGGUUUGAUAGCUUUGCCUAAUAAUGCGAUAUGUGGCAGGACUUUAUAAUGAGCAGGCAGGCAAUGACUUAUUUGAGCAUCUCCGUAUGUGCAUUAUGGUGCUGCUUCAGCUCUGCUUUGCAUUGGCAUCACUCAGAGGUGAAAUGCCCCACUAAAUGUGAGCGGCGGAGAGGUGCCUCUUUUUCCAUCACACCAUAGAUGACCCUUUAUGUUGUCCCGGCCAGUCAAUGUAGCAUGAAAAAAGGUGUGUAAAAAAAAAAUAAAUAAAAAAUAAGCGUGAGUGUGUGUGUGUCUAACGAGCGGGGCAUGCGAGAGUGUCAUCCACUCGCCACUGUCAUUAAGCUGCUCCAAGCACACUGACUCCCAUCCACAUUGGACGGCCACGCUGCUCCCAGAUGAACAUUAAAAAGGCAGCAGAGAGCUAAAAUGGGACGUCUGGCCCGGUUUUGCCCCUCCGCUUUUUUAUUCCACAGAUGAGUGCAGAUAAUUAUCUGAGCGAUUGUGAGUGAUUACUGUAUUACUGCGGUACAAGGGGGAUGUAUUGGACAAUGCAGAGGGAAUUAAUGACACAUAAAAACUAUUUUUGUAUUGACUGCUUUCGUCUCCAGGGCCUUGAGUGCCUGUUCACAUCUCUUGUGAUUACCUAAACAUAUUGUAAAUAUGUGUUUCCUAUGGGGCCCUUACAUAAAUUUACAUGUUUUAACACUCAGGAGACGGCAGUCUGUUAGAGAUGAGUUAGCGCUCUAUUCGGUCUGUCUCGACUUUAUUGAAUUGGCCAAUGAGGCGCUGUGCAGUUUAGUCUCUGUGUAUAAGCCUGCCAUAGACAGACGUAUGCUGUGUAUUAAAAAGAUGAAUAUUACAGGUUUAACCCUAUUUCUCUGAGGCCUGCAGAAACAAUUUCUAUGAUGUCUUUUUGUCAAUAAAGAUGCAAAACACUCAUGGUCUUACACAUUGUCCCUCAUAAAGUACGGCACAAAUGUACUCCGUAGAUCAUUACAACUGAGAUCAGUCAUUAGUGUCCAUACUAAUCAGUUUAUGACUAAAUUAAAGUUUACUGAGCUGUGUGGGGAUUUGAUUCAGACUGGUCAGCAUUUAUCCAAAAAUGUAUAAAUAAAAUAAAACUUCUCACCAGAGAUAUCAAUUUCUUCUCCUCAGCCUUUGUGGGCGUAACUUGGCUUGUCAAAUACUUUUGCUCUGAUGAACCAAUCAGAGGACGGAAACAUGAUGCCAUUAUUGCUGUGAGGGGAAUCUGAAAUCUGAUUGAAGAAAUUAAUAGUGUUAAAGUGACAUGGGCCAGCACUCCUGAUUGUGAAGGCCAUGGGAAGAAGAUCUUGACAUGGCAACACAAAGAAGCUGAAAUCUUUUUGGACAAAAAGAAAAAUCUUCACACAUACACACAUGCUGGAAGCAGUACAGCCAUGAGACACGCUACAAAAUGAAAGUAAUAGACUGAUGGGAAUAAGUGAAUACAUUUUCAAGUAACAAAUACCAGAAUUUAAGUUGUAAGUGUAGGUGAGUGCUUUUGGUAGUGUUUAGGCCAGCAGAGAAGGCUUUGCUGGCCCUGGCCCUAACCUGACCUCCGGAAUAGUCAAACCCAUAUGUGUGUUUUAUCUCACAUAUACAUCUUCAUUUCUGUAAUAGUGCUUUUCCUUUUCAGGCAUAUAUAAUCUUGCUGUUGUUAAGGAAGUGUUUGUCCGUUUAACGUUUCAGGACGGGCAUAGGACAAAUGUGUAGGUUUUUAUGAACUGUGGGGGGUUCUUUUGUUUUGCUUUUUUUGUUGCUUUUGUUCAGGUCGUAGUCAAGCUUGGAUGAUUUUCCAGGAAAUAGUAAUUUGCAUCAAAAAGGUUUGAUGUCUUAUAUCAUUUGUGCUUCUAUUAAAAAAAACAAAAAAAACAUCUACUAGAAGGCGUUCAAGGCGCUUCCCAUGCUAAUUAAUGAGCAUGACAGGGUGACAAUUGAAAGGUAACAAUUGUUACUGCUUUUCCAAAGUUCCUGUACUUUGUCAAUGUUAUCUGCGGAGAAGAAUCGGUGUGCAAACAGCACAUCAAAAAUGACGUUCACUGCAAAUCAAUCAAUUUCCUGGACAGUUCAUAUCACAGCUUGAUAUACCUGCCAUGUUUUUGUGUACUUACUUUUCACAAUAUCCAGAAUUAAAUCAUCAAUCAAGAUAAGACCAAACAUUAUCCAAUUUUCAUUUUUUCAUCACCUGAGUAACAUACCUGAGUAAUGCAACAUAGAUAUAUAACAUAAAUGAAAUAUACAUAGAAUAGAAGAUUCUUGUAAAGAUCUCUGCACGUUCGGAGAUCGUGUCAUGUUUGUGAUUUUAAUGUCCUCAAAAGUAAACUCUACUGGGACUGAACUUUAAUUUAAUGAUGUUAACCAAGAUUUUCACAUUCAAUUUCUGCAUGUCACAGCUACAAACAGAAUGUGACUUGUAAAACCACCCCUAAGGUUGACACUUUGUCGACCAAAUGUGUAAUUUGAAGUUAGUCUUUUCCCCAGUGGUAGCUACAAACUUUCUUGGAGCGCACCCUUCUUCUUUUCGGAGGCCCACAUUAGAAAUGCAGCCGUAAAUUUAGGCUGCAACCAGAUUAGCGCGAGACAGAAUGGGGGUUUUCUUCUCUCUUAAGAAGAUUACCCGGGAGGGGCAAGAUGGCAGCCGCAGUGUUUAAGGAAAAAAAGGACAAGAAGAAAACAGAAGAUGAGGUGGAACUAAUGGAGGGUGGCCCCGGAUGCAGUUUAGACACCUGUUGUUUUUAAUGGCUAUCUUUACUAUCUUUAAGGCAAAAGUUAGUCCAAGUCUCGUCAGUGCUAGUUGUCUCACUUUGAGUAUUGUUUACUCGGAGGCACGUUUUGGCCUUGCAGCUGCAAGCCAGAUUGUUCCUCCCCUUUAAGUUCCUGCUGGCGCUUUCCAGGAGAGCUUUGAUGUGUAUCUGGCCAAUGCACACUAUUAGAGGGAUUUCCCGGGGCCUGACAGCUCAGAGAAUAUGCUGCGAAAUGGCCAUGCCAGUGGGCUAAAAGAAUGCUGGAAACAGGAUUAGGAUCAUUUUCUGGCAGACCUUGUCACCUCCUCAAUUGGCCGAGGUUUCUUACGUUGGCACUUUUCAUUCUCGGCAUGGUUAAAACCUUUAAGGGAACCAUGGAGAGGGGGCAAAGAGAGGCACUGAUUGAAUGGUACACUGUGAUUUUUGUGUGGGGAGGCUUGCUCUGGGGGGUUCUGUGUGGUACUGUGAGGGAGAGGCAGUAAAGCAGUGGGCCUGGGAGGCUUGUUCGCAAACUUGAAAGCUUUAGUUGGUGGUGGUGUCAAAAUUUUAAAAAUGAUGGUGUUUAAAAAAAACAAACAAAAACAGUUAACAAUGUAAACAAUUAACAGUAGAUUAACUAGGUAGAUACAUUUUUAUAUCAAAUUUAAUUGACAGAAACUACUGAACUAUUGUUUCCUGUUGUUCUUUCAACAACAAACUUGUACAGUCAUCCCUUGCCAUUUCACUCUACCAUGAUAAAUAUAUAUGUGUGUGUGUGUGUGUGUGUGUGUGUGUGUGUGUGUGUGUAUAUAUAUAUAUA